UGAAGGUGCAUUUGAAUUUAAUUUCAGGCCCGUUGAAAGACCAAUUAAUUCAUUGGUUGAGGGUCCAAAUUCCGUCCUUGACUCCAGGAUGGGGGGCAUUUUGGCAAGGACAAGAAGAGUUCCUCUUCGCGGAUCACAGAGCAGGAUCAAGCCAUACUGAAACUCAAGAAGCAGCGUGAUCAAUUAAAAAUGUAUCAAAAGCGGAUUGAAGGCGUACUCGAAAAGGACCGGUUAAUGGCCAAAACAUUGCUCACAGCAGGAAAACGAGACCGCGCUAAGUUACUACUCCGUAAGAAGAAAUACCAAGAGGGUCUCCUUACUCGCACCGAUGGACAGCUUGAGACUCUUGAGCGACUUGUUCAGGAUCUGGAAUUUGCCCAAAUCGAAAAACAGGUCAUAGAUGGGUUGAGAGUGGGUAACGAUGCUUUGAAGAAGGCCAACGAGAUGUUCUCCAUUGAAGAGAUCGAAUCAAUCAUGGACGAUUCGAGGGAAGCCAUUGCUAAACAGCAGGAAAUCGACUCAUUGAUCAGCGGUCAGCUUUCCUCCGAGGACGAGGACGAGGUUCUGGCGGAAUUAGAGGCUUUGGGGCAGGAAAUCCAAGGACCCGAACCAGACCUCAAGCUUCCCGAAGUUCCUACCGAGAAGCUCCCAGAACCGGCGGAAACUGGCGAAAAGACCAAGUCAUCCGUCAAGAAAAAAAAGGCACCCGUGGCUUUGGAGUCUUGAACCGAUUUGGGUUGGCAAUUUUAUUAUGUAUCUAUCAUCAUAACCUGUGCGACAAUAAAAAAACAAAAAAAGAAAA